AUGACGGACGCUUUGCGAGAUGUGUACUACGCCUUUGCAGGCGGUUCGGAAAUGGAUGGGCGUGCCUUUGUGAAAUGCCUCAAGGACUCAGGCCUGCUGGAUGAGAGGCUGAAGACAGUCCAGGCCGAUCUAAUCUUCGCGAGAUGCAAGCAGAAAGGCGCGCGAAAGAUGAGCUUUGACAGGUUCGUCGGGGCGCUGCGCGAGGUCGCCCAAAAGCGAUCUCUCCCACAGGAGGAGGUUGUGGACAUGAUUUGUGUAGCCCACGGCCCGGACUACGAGUCCAACACCAGCUGUGCGGUAGAGGAGGUUGCGAGCUUGGGGCCCGAAAGGUUCUUCUACGACAAGACCACUUACACAGGCAUGCACAAGUGCGGCUCAGCCCCGCGACAGCAGGGACAUCCGUCACCGAGGCAGGUGAGAGAACGAGCCCUCCGGCGCGAUGCAUCAAAGUCGGCGCCUGCAGAAAGCUGGGCUUUCUCCGAGGACCUUGACCAGCCAUUAGCCGGCCCAGAGCGAUUCUACUACGAUCGCACGACCUACACAGGAACCCACAAACACAAUGGCGGCCCGACCGCAGCUGGCAGUGGCGUUGGAAAGGAGGGCUACAGCGAUCUCAGCGUGCUCGUGAAGAGGGAG